UUUUUUUACUUUUUCCUUACAGCUUUCAGUCAAGGAUCGAUUGGCAACUUUUUCUACGUCAACUUCAUGAUAAGUGAAUUUUCCUACCUGAAUAUCACAAGUAUUGGACGGAAUCUUAUUCAAAACGAAAAUGAUUGUGGCUACGCCUGUUUAGAAAAUUCCUCAUGUUUUUCCUACAAUGUGGCUGCCUUCCCUGAUGUCAACGGCAAACUUCUUUGCGAACUCCUGCCAUCGGACAAGUUUAACAACUCGGACAAGUUCAACGCCAGUAAAGAGUUUCAUCACUUUUAUAUUCCGGUAAAUCAAACAUCUAAUUAAUCAAAAAUGUUCCUUCUGGAGAAAAUAAAAAGUUUCUUCUUGUUUUGUUUGUGUAAUUAUUUUCUUUUGACUCUCGCUAGUUUCGAAAGUUAGCAUUUGUAAAUCAAAAUUUAUCUCUUCGCUUGGAAAAUCUUGAAUGCAGUGGAUUACGUUGUGCUUCAAAUGCAAAGGAAUAGGCUAAUGAGUUUGGAUUAAAAAAAAAUAAAUAAAAAAACCUUAUAAAAGUCUUACGACCAAGUUAAACCUUUCUGUUAUAAACCUUUAAUUUGACCAUCUGCUGAUGCCCAAACAUACUUGAUGAAAUCGAUAUAUUUAUGUUCGGAUGUCCUAAACGUUAGUGAGGGGGGAGUUGCAGACAAAGGUCUCGACUGAAAUAUUUUUCGACAAAAGCGUUCAGCUCUUAAAACACAUUUGUCAUAUCAUGAAUUUGCUUAUUAUUUGUUUGCAUACUUGGCUUGCCUUAAAAGUUACAGAAACGUUUUAAUAUUCCUAUUUUAGGCUAAUCUUUCGCCAGUUAGACUAUAUCAGCACAAUGCCUUGAAAUUCGGUAGCAUCUGUGCAAAUUUCUGGGUAAAUGAAACAGCGUUACUCUCAAAACCUCACUAAAUACUCAAGUGAGCAAACCCACGGGGGAGUGCGAAAGAUAAAAAUGUAUAUUGCGUCCUUAAUUAUAUCGAUGUCAUCUAAGCAUCGACAUGUAUGUCAAAUUCGUUGCUUUUUGAAUCCAUGAAACAAAGCGAAAGGGAAACAAAGAAAAUUUAAUCCCAACUUUUGUAGGUUUACAGUAAGCUGAAUUUAAUCUAGGGUUCGGCUCGUUGAAGUAAUUAACCUCAUAUAGUGAAGACAAUGAAUGUCUAUAGUUUUCGUGCUGAAAGUUAACUGAGGCCCCGAAACUUUCUCACUUUCUAGUGCUUUUCUUGUUCUGUUUGGACAUUACUAUGGCAACACAAAGUACCUGACCUGUUAACCUAUGGGAACAUUCAACUGAGGAAAUUCGUAUCCAUUAAACGUUCCUGACAAUAAAUGAAUUUAAACGAGUAAACUGCCUUGUCGCAACAGUAUUUAUUGUUUCGAGUUCUUCGUUCUUUUUCACACACGCCAACCACUUUGAUGCUAGUGUUUGCCUGAUUCAAUAGGAUAUUGCCAUAGCAACGCACAUUCAAAGAUAGGCCUGCCACCUGUAACUGAUGAACCGUUCGUGUUUUGUUAUUAAAAAAACAGCUUUUGUUAUUGCGUCACAAGAAAUACAUGUUACUGGCGGUAGAAGUUCUACACUAUGAAAAAGCAAGCAUCAAGUUUUCUAGAAAACGGAGACAAUAAUUAAGGGACUUAUCAAAGUCUGCUUUACAUUUGUUAGAGCUGCGCAAAAUUCCCCUUACUUGAUCUUAUUUUAAUAUUUCCAAUAUAUAUAUAUUUUUUAUCUUUUCUUUCAUCGUCCUUAUUUCGAGAAACACCUCGAUUUUUGUAACCUGUUAUAUAGGCUCCGAGAUAGUAGUGCAGCGGGAGAAGGGACAGAGAGGACCAUAUUUUUUUCCCGCCGCUAUCCCCUUUCCUAGAUCGCGUGCGUCUUAUUUUAAAUAGGUUUCCUUCUUUUAUCUUACCGAUGUCCCUACUUUGAGAUCCUACGCAGUAUACCCGUAAGUUCAACAUGGAUGAUUGAAAACAAGCCUAAAAUUUCGAAUUUAUUAGGUUUGCACAAAAUCUAGUUAUUAGCAGAUUUGUUGAUGAGUUAGUACACAACUUACAAUUUGUUACCCCCACUUUUUAAAACAACUUAACCAAAUUUUAACAGUAUUUAAUUUUUUUAACAAAAUAAGACAAAAAGUAAGCAUGUUCAACAGUUAAGAGGCAGUCUCCCUAAAAGCGUUCCACUCGAUUUUGGACUCGCUAAAACGUUUGCCUCAUAUUUUUAUCAUCAACACUGCUAUCCAUCCUAAUAACGAAACUGCAGUUACAAUGAGGAAAUUGUUUAUUUUACUGCCAUUCCCAGCAUUUCAUUGCUGGACGACCGUUAGCGGCUAAAAUAUGCAAAUUUUAGAUGCCCUUUUACAGGUUUUUUAACGAUCGUUUAAAAGUACUUCGGGUCAUCAAAUCCUAGACUAUUGCACUCAUUUGGAAGCCAUGAGGAGCUUUGCUCAAGAAAAAAAAUCUCAGCAGGCGCCGUAAAUUGUUGCCCUGGUACGCAAUAGAAAGGUGUUUGCUUAGUGUCAUAAAAUUAAUUAAGACCGGAACAUAAUAAGUAAACCAGAUGCCAAGAAUCCGCGAGAGACGCGUCAUUUGAGCGCGAGACAAGAGGCGAGGAGCCAGCAUCCCACGCAACGGUUUUUUUGUGGCGUAACCUUUCUGUUUAAAAUGAAAAAGAUUUUGAUCAUUCGAAAUGUAUCUUCUUAAAAAUAAACGCUCGCUUCAUCUACCCGUAGAAAGUAAUUCACAUGAAUUUAGACUUACUGCUGGUCUGUAAAACCGAUAAACAAAUCCAGAUCGGACUGCCGGUGAUUUGGACAGGGCACGCCAGGCUUAAAAGACAUUACGUUAAAGCAUUUUAUGUUUCCUUUGUCACUUUGAUAAAAUUUUUUAAGGAGCGACCCAUAUUUCAUGUGGAAAUAUUAAAUACUUGUUUCCAGUGCCGCUCAAAUGAAUAGACGGCAGCGUACAUGUACGAUUUUUUUGUUUUUGAGGGUCAGGCAGCGAUCAUGCGAUGUAACCGAGUUAAAUUCUUACUAAUUAAUUAAUAUUCUACCUUAGACUUUCAAAGUUCAAAAGCGCUGUGGUUUUGAUUUCGAAACCAUUUGAAGUGAAGGCGACCGUCGACGGUAUGAGUCUUCGUUUCCCAUUUCGAGUCUGUCGAGGGUUACAACCCCCAAAAGCAUUGGCACGCACUCGAAAAAGAAAUAUGUGGAGUCCGUCCGACGGGUUUCUCCAGAAAUGAAAUAUUUAGGAGAUUUCCUGACGAAAGACGUGGCAUGAGGAGCUUUGCUCAAGAAAAAAAAUCUCAGCAGGCGCCGGAAAUUGAUGCCCUGGUACGCGAUAGAAAGGUGUUUGCUUGGUGUCAUAAAAUUAAUUAAGACCGGAACAUAAUAAGUAAACCAGACACCGAGUAUCCGCGAGAGACGCGUCAUUUGAGCGCGAGGCAAGGCGAGGAGCCAGCAUCCCACGCAACGGUUUUAUUGCGGCGUGACCUUUCUGUUUAAAAUGAAAAAGAUUUUGAUCAUUCGAAAUGUAACUUAUAAAUAAAAGCUCGCGUCAUCUACCCGUAGAAAGUAGUUUACAUGAUAAACAAAUCCAGAUCGAACUGCCGGUGAUUUGGACGGGGUACGCCAGGGUUAAAAGACAUUACGUUAAAGCAUUUUAUAUUUCCUUUGUCACUUUGAUAAAAUUUUUGAAGGAGCGACCCGUAUUUCAUGUGGAAAUGCGUGACAAAGCGCCGCAAAAACUUGUUUCCAGUGCCGCUCAAAUGAAUGGCCGGCAGCGUACAUGUACGAUUUUUUUUGUUUUUGAGGGUCAGGCAGCGAUCAUGCGAUGUAACCGAGUUAAAUUCUUACUAAUUAAUUAAUAUUCUACCUUAGACUUUCAAAGUUCAAAAGCGCUGUGGUUUUGAUUUCGAAACCAUUUGAAGUGAAGGCGACCGUCGACGGUAUGAGUCUUCGUUUCCCAUUUCGAGUCUGUCGAGGGUUACAACCCCCAAUAGCAUUGGCAUGCACUCAAAAAAGAAAUAUGUGGAGUCCGGUCGACGGGUUUCUCCAAAAAUGAAAUAUUUAGGAGAUUUCCUGACGAAAGACGUGGCAACGCGGGAACUUGAACCCGCCAAAUCGGCCUAUGUCGAAGUGGAAUUCAACAUGAUGCCAGCUACUGUGUACGUCGCUUCCACGUUCGUUUGAUCACUGAUGUUCUUCGCCAGAAUAUCAUUCCACCGGAUGGCCUUGUAAAUUCUGUUACGGACUUAAGUUACAUAUUAGUGAUAUUAGACUUGAGGUAGGUUUGUUUUUAGUCAAAUUAUUCCCAAUACAGGGAGGUAUUUCUCUUUUCUGGUCACUUCAAUUUAAAGAAAUCAUUUAGCUUUAUUAUUCUGUUUCUCUUCGGUAGUCAGUUUAUUUAUGGGCUUUUGUUAUCUAAUGACAAAAUCUAAUUUUUAUCAUGCUUAUUUUGUACUAACUGGUUUUGUUUCUCUUGGGUAGUCAGUUCAUUUAUGGGCUGUUGUUAUCUGAUGACAAAACCUAAUUUUUAUCAUCAUUAUUUUAAACUAACUGGUACUGUUUCUCUUGAGUAGUCUGAUAACAAGACCUAAUUUUCAUCACAGUUUUCAUUUUGUACUAACUGGUUCUGUUUCUCUUGGGUAGUCAGUUCAUUUAUGGGCUGUUGUUAUCUGAUGACAGGACCUAAUUUUCAUCAUUUUCAUUUUGUACUAACUGGUUCUGUUUCUCUUGGGUAGUCAGUUCAUUUAUGGGCUAUUGUUAUCUGAUGACAGGACCUAAUGUUCAUCACAGUUUUCAUUUUGUACUAACUGGUUCUGUUUCUCUUGGGUAGUCAGUUCAUUUGUGGACUGUUGUUAUCUGAUGACAGGACCUAAUUUUCAUCAUUUUCAUUUUGUACUAACUGGUUCUGUUUCUCUUGGGUAGUCAGUUCAUUUGUGGACUGUUGUUAUCUGAUGAUAGAACCUAAUUUCUGUUUCUCUUGGGUAGUCAGCUCAUUUAUGGGCUGUUGUUAUCUGAUGGCAGAACCUAAUUUUCAUCACAGUUUUCAUUUUGUACUAACUGGUUCUGUUUCUCUUGGGUAGUCAGUUGUUUAUGGGCUGUUGUUAUCUGAUGACAGGACCUAAUUUUCAUCAUUUUCAUUCUGUACUAACUGGUUCUGUUUCUCUUGGGUAGUCAGUUCAUUUGUGGACUGUUGUUAUCUGAUGACAGGACCUAAUUUUCAUCAUUUUCAUUUUGUACAAACUAGUUCUGUUUCGAAUUAUUAUUAUUACUGUUUAUUGCUAUUAUUAUCAACAUCAUUAUUGAGUGAUUUAAAACUAUUUUUCUUUGACACAGGGCUAUAAUUUGCAGAAGGUGAUGGAGUGUACACUGAUUUGCUUUAGUUUUCUUUCAGAAAUUCACAUAGAAUUUACUUUAGUUACAAUAAUUGCUUGGGUAAUGAGAUAAACUUUCAGCGACACAAUGUGACAAAACUGGUUUAACCAAAAUCAUGAUAACACCAUCAAAAUGUUUUUAUUAUUAGUAUUAUUCGUUACAUUCAAACGAUGCUAUUAUAUGUAUGUAAAAAUGAAAUUAUCUUGUCGCUUGUUACCGAGCUAUCCGUACUGUAAAACGUCAAAUGAAAAGUUAUAACACUCACAUGUCUAUUAGUUGUUACAAAUUAUUUUGUCAAUGAAAAUCGACGACAAAAAAUUCCCUUCUCUGGCUUAAUUAAGAAGCUUGGGUUGCAAAAAAAUGUGUUUGUAAAACACAACCGAGUCAAUUAUCGUACGUUAAAUAAAUCAAAGCAUUACUUUAGCAAAAUAGAAUCUCAGGGUUAAUUUAUCACAGGUAAGUAAAUGUACUUAAUUUAUCACAUCGAACCUCGUUGCUGACGCCGUUUUGUGUAAUGUUCCAGCCGACUACACAGUAAUAGACAGAAGAUAGUAUACUGUUCGAUCGACAUAAUUGCAAAUAAUUUCAUUCCUCCCGUAAGAAUAGAUUUAGGCCGUCAUUAAAAUGUUUCUCGGGUGGUAAACCUUAGCUUCUCGUAAUAUUUUCUGAGUAGGCAAAAGGUUUAUGUUUCAUUUUCAAUUUCUCUUUAGUAACAGAUAUAAACCCCGCUCUCGUUAAGGUUUGGUUCUUGAUCUUCGAUUAUCCCAUUCGAGUGAUAGUCAUUUCUCUUGCUAUCGCCUGCUAUAAUUAUGGUUGUGCGAUCAAUAAAGAGCGGGGUUUUUUUACAGUAGAGCCAUGCCUUGAAUACUAUUUCGCGUGAGAAGUAACAGUUGACGUGUGUCUCCACGCGAGUAAAGCCAACAAAUGCGCGUCCGUAUCUGGAAAACCUUUUUAUUAUGUCAAGAAAUGUCUUAUUUACACGUCUCGUGAUUCCCACGCCGGGUGUUUUUGGAUGCCGGCAAGUGCGAAAAAAGUAAUUACCGAGGAUUCCAAAGUAACACCUCAGUCGUAUGAAGGCGCGAAUUGUGAUCUCCCGUUUCACUUAAUCAUAAGCCAUGGGUAGAUUCAAUCUACCCUUAGCCUAAUUUGCAUAAUUUUUUUUGGUGAGCAAAGCCCGUCAUGAUUACUUCUUCUUACUGUUCCAAUACCAUUUAGGCAUUAUCUUUCUGUAAUCAGCAAAAACUGGUCGUCUUUAUUUCACUAACCCAAUUAAGAAAGCAAGAUGCACGAAUAAAUGCCUCAAAAACAUCUCAAAAUUCUCAAAAGUGGCACCUAAACUAGAACUAAAAACAUGUUUUAGUUAAAGAUUAAUAGCUAUUUUGUCAAGUCAUGCAAUAAAACUUGUUGCACAACGCGAUUCACAAUGUGGACUGGAGUUCAAAGAAGUAAUAUCAACAAUCCGCUAAUUACGUCUACGCCAUAAUAAGUCUCGUACUUAUAAAUUCUUAUCAAGUAAAUUGUUUUUUGCCGUUAAAAAAAUGAAAUCAGCUGUGAAAUGUACAUUGAAUUAAGUUAGUGUCCGGACACCUUUAGGAAUUUGAUAUUAGUAAAAAUUCUAAGAUGUAUAAAUCUACCGGCCUUCGAUCACAAAUCUGAUUGUCUAUAUACAGUGCUAGUGCUAUGCUGGUAAUGCUGUACUCUAUCAAUUUCGUGAUGGACAGUGAGUGAAGUGACUGAGUAGCCUGGGGUAGCCUGACAGUGUUCGGUUGUAACCUGUUUAUACCACCACCGAAUAAAACCGUUAGCCUUUCAAGUUGUUACGCUUUGAACGACUAGGGGGUUUAUAUUUGACUGUUUUAGGGAAAUUUGUACCAGAUCUUUGUUUACUCGCAUGCAAUCUCGCUCGUUUUUUGUUUUUGUAUUUUUUUCAUAAGAUUUGUGAAGUAUUUGCGGUCUUUAUAUUCUUUGUCAUAGCAUCUCGGUAUGCAGACAUAUAAAAGCAAUAAGAUCCUCUCUGAGUGGCUCAACAACAUUGUCCGCGUAGGCUGGUGCAUCAAAUGAGUGCCGCACUGGAGUCGCAAAAACGAAAUGAUAAACGCGGUGGCGCUUAAUUUAGUAAAAUCGAUAUCAAUAUGAAUUUGGAUCCACACGGAGGGUCCAAAGGCCGAUUUUUAAAAAUGUGAUCCUAGAUCCUUCAGCUGUUGUUCAGAUGUAUGUAUUUUUACAUCAUUAACGUGGGAGAAUGCAAGCGUCUGUAAGAACAGGGUAAUAACCGCUAACAAGACGUGAGACGAGAAAAGACGUAAAAACAGUGUAGGGGUCUCGACCGGGAGAAAUGUUCAUGCUGGGGAAACCUUCGACAAUGCCGGAUUCAGACUUCACGUCAGUUCUCACCUCUACUGAUUGUUCGAAUUCAAAGGUUUUUGUCCACGUUGGGCUUCAAUAGAAAAUUCUGUCGGUGAAGUCCAUGGUACCAAACAAUUGUCAUGAGUACUCUCAGUAAUAUGCCUAAAGGUAGGUAAUCACGAUUUUGGCAAUUUAACUCCGACUCCAAAUUAGGUUUAGAUAUGCGCUUAUCACUUUCUGUUUCACGCGUGUAUCUCGUGAUAUUCAAAUCCGUCAGCUCAUAAAUAAAUGAUACCAAAUGUGCAAGUGCAUCAGCUGACUGUGUAACUUUAUGCCAUACUGCAACACUGAUUAAUAUCAGGAUAUUUGACUUAAAGCCACUUCCUACUUUUCUCCAUAUAUAACUUCAUUAUGUUUGGAUCUUCACUUCCCGCAUAAUUCUAAAUAAAACAAUUGAGCGGACUACUGAGUUUAUCAUUGUCUGAACUUGAAAUUACCAUUAUGACAAUACCCAUUGGCCCUUUUGUCGUUAUCUUAUCACAGAUAAAGGAACUAGUGAUAAGGAUAUUAGCAAUGAUUUUAUGAUUUUAUACGUACGUGAUCCUAUCCUUUAAAAUAGAUGGUAUACGAUCUUAGCAAUCUCCACACCAAUUACAUGCCUGUCCUUGGUCCUAAUGUUCCUUUCCUUGUCCUCUAUACGAGGUGUCCGCCAAAAACGUCCGAGUUUAUAUGCCGAUAUUUGUGGGUAAUCCCCGGGAGGACUUCCAUAUAAAAGUGAAGGGCUGCUCGUCGGAAAAUUAAUAAUUUAUUAUUUAAACCCCUAAGGGAGGCCAAGGUGGGUGUGGCUCAAGCUUAAACUGACCCCUAAAGGAGAUUUCUGUGAGGUCAGCGUCACCGCGUUUUUUUUGGCAAAUUUCUUUAUGCACAGCCUUAAGUGAUACCUGAAUGAGCAUAUUUAGGUACUUUCCGUCCCAAACAGCCGAAGUGAGACCAAAAUCUGCAAACGACGAGCACCCACGUCACUUUUGUAUGGGAGUCCUCCUGGGGAAGCAGAUCACCAUCUGUUCCACUUGAUUUUUCGUAAGGUCAAUGAUUACCAUCUUUUGAGAGUAUUGGGUCGGCUUCACUUAGUUCAGACUUCGAUGGAUGACACAUUUCAUGGUAAGAAGUAAUGAUGUCCUGACAAUCGUGUACUUUUAUCAGUUGGAAAAAACGCGUGAACUUCCACACUUUAUUUUCUUGUUACUUUCACUGAUGUUGCACGAUUCGAAAUUAACGUUGAAACUUUAUUAUUUGCGUGUGCCAACUUCUUUAUUAACUGGCUGCGAUACAAAAGUAGCCUUAGACUCCAGACUGUCUCCUGGAGCGUGAAAACAAACGCUGACCACUGUUAAUAGGACAAUACAGUCAGGAAAUGGAAGAAACCUACUAAUUGAAAUUUCAUUAACAAAGUCUUCAAAUAUGGGCUCGCCGUUCACAGUCCAGUACUAUCGCCCCAUGUUAGCGAAUACAAGACAGUCGUGGAUUCUGGAUCCCAUUCCAUGGAUUCAGGAUUCCGGGUGCUGGAUUCCAGUCUUUUCCUGUGGAAUUUCAUUCCUUAGUAGGGUGCUUCAGCUCUAUUCUGGAUUCCAAAGCCCUGGAUUCCGGAUUUCAUAUCAAAAUUUUCCCGGAUUCCGGAUCCUACAAGCAAAAAUUUUCCAGUUUCCGGAAUCCCGAUACCCUUACGUGGGGCGAAGUACAAGUCAAGCAUUUUCUGACCUGUUCACGCAUAUUUAAUUAAGCAGUGGGAAAUUUACUUUUCUUCUAACGUUCGAUUUUAUAAUAUGAUGGAUCGGAGUAACGUCUGGUCAAUGCAGCUUUUUCAGACUGGACCACAUUUUAAGCUAGAAGAGGUUUGGUUCUGAAAAGGUAUUUUUCCGUCUUGACAUAACAGACUUAACACGAAUGUUCGGGGCAGUGGGAAUAUUAAAUGAAGCUUGGAAAGGUAUCUUUUACUUGCUGAACUAAUUUUUGAACAAUAUGUAUCAUUGGCAAAGGGAAAAAGGGAAUUUUAAUCUAGUUUUGGUGGGAAAAUGAGGCAUACCUUACUUAAAAGUGGCAAGUAUUUGAAUAACUGAGGAUUUUGUUGUGACAGCAGCCGGUAUCGUCACGCAACGCAAAUUGAACAUUUGCCUAAAUUUGAGUUGAAACCUUCAAUUCUGAAUCGCGUUGUGCCACAAGUUUUACUGCAUAACUUGACAAAAUAGCUAUUAAUCUUUAACUAAAACAUGUUUUUAGGUCUAGUUUAGGUGCCACUUUUGAGAAUUUUGAGAUGUUUUUGAGGCAUUUUCUCGUGCAGUUUGCUUUCUUAAUUGGAUUAGCGAAAUAAAGACGACCAGUUUUUGCUGAUUACAGAAAGAUAACGGCUAAACGGUAUUGGAACAGUAAGAAGAAGUAAUAAGCUUCCAAAUGAGUGCAAUAGUCUAGGAUUUGAUGACCCGCAGAACUUUAGAACGAUCGUUAAAAAACCUGUAUAACAGAGACUAAAGUUUGCAUAUUUUAGCCGCUAACGGUCGUCCAGCAAUGAAAUGGUGGGAAUGGCAGUAAAAUAAACAAUUUCCUCAUUCUAACUGCAAUUUCGUUAUCAGGAUGGAUAGUAGUGUUGAUGGUAAAAUUAUGAGGCAAAAGUUUUUUCGAGUCCAAAAUCGAGUGGAACGCUUUUAGGGAGACUGCCUCUUAAGCAUUCGUUGAAAGCACGCUACAUGUAUAUAUCAAAGGCGACAAAAGCAGAUAAUUUUCGAACCAGUCUUUGUUCACUUAUUGGCUGCAUAUCUCCUCCUGAUAAAAAUGUUAACAUUCGCAUAAAAAUGAUAAAGUACUUCUAAAGAAACUGUGUUCAGCCUCCUUAAAGGCCAACUGAAAGUCAGGAGGAAAGAAUUGUGCCAGAAAAAAACGUUUUAAUUCUUAGAAUGCAAGAAAAUGCAAUUUAAUUGGACGAAGAAAUUUACAAAGUAUAAGGAAUAUAAGAUGGAGUUUCAUUAGAAUUCAUAGAAAAACGCAGAAAAAAUGCAUUUAAAAGAUAUCCUGACCAGCUACGACAGAGGCCAAGCAGUGGCUCUUUAUGCCAUCGUCAGGCCACUCGCCGAUAUAUAUCUGCAGCCUGUUCAUCCUACAUCCUGGGCUGCGUCAAAAGAAUGCAUUGACCAGAAGCAACUAGCUGAGAAUACAACAGGCUGUGAACCCACUCACUGGGGCAAUUAAUGCAGGCAUUAGAUAUAGCUUCUGUUCUAGUUCAGCAAAACCAGCCGGCGGCUCGCUGAAAUAAUUUGAUGACCAAGCGAGUUAAAUUCAUUUAAUUACACAAGCUUAUUGCAUGCUAACCGAAGGGAAUUUUAGUUUGUAACUGCGCUAAAAAUGAAAUUCAAAUUUCAAAUCAUCUGCGAUUAUUUUAGGUGCCGAGAAAGGAGAAUCCUGAUGAAUUUUUGAAAGUGUUCACCGCUAAGAUGUUUUAUUUAUUUAUUUUUAUUUUUUUUUUUUCAUUCAGUCAUUCCGUUCGCUUAGACACAGAUAUGACUAAUGACAGCAGUUUGCUAGCCUGAAAAGUGGAAGUGCCUUGCGUUUUCUCAUUUGUAGUAACAAAAUAAAGUCCGGAAGAUUCAUCGAUAUUUUGUGGGCAUUUGUACUAGCUAAAUAAAACAAUUAUUCAACUCGCACCUGUUCCAUGGAGAUGAUAUAGCCAACCCAAACCCAACAACCCGCAGGUGGAAUUAUUAUAAUUGUGUUACUUAAUGCUACAUGUAACUAAAACUUGGAGCUCAAGUUGAUCGACGAAAGUCAAUAGCUGAAUUUGCCUUAAAUUCAGCAUACGUCUAAUAUAGAUAAAUGAUAUGCGUCACGUUACUGGAUAUUUUGACUUUGCCAUGAAAUGGUCUUUACUUACAGCCGUAUCCUUUCCUUUGUGUAGUCUCCUUGUGACAGUUCCCCCUGUAAGAACACAGGAAAAUGCAUUUCGCUGUACCAGGAAAAUGGAUAUAAGUGUAUCUGCGUGAAAGGAUUCACCGGAAAAGACUGCGAAACGAGUAAGAAAUACUGAGUUGAAACAAUGUUGCUGCUAACUAUAAUACAAUCACAGGUGACACACUAUUAACGCAAAUUGCAAGUGGGAACGGUAAUCAGCAUAAAGCUUUUGUACUGGUUUUAGGUAUUAUAUCAUUGACUUUUACUUCUUUGAGCUCACUAAAAUAAAAAAAAUCUAACCGAGAAGAUUUAAAAACUACUUUGAAAGAAAAGUAAGUAAUAAGUAUCACGCUGAACUUUUACUUUUCCUUAUAGAUACCCAACCACAAAUUUCAAUUUCCCUGCUUGAUCGAUAAAGUGACUUAUUUAUAGACACGUUUCUCCAUCAACCUAUAGAACAACAUUUAUAUUUACUAGUUGUGUUUUGACUCUUGCUGAAGUCUAAUGUACCUUAGCUGAAAGGUACAUUUCCUUUUUUUUUUUUUUAAUAUCUUUGAUCCUCUCUCCUGCAGAUAUAAAUGACUGUGUCAAUAUUACUUGUUUGAACAACGGAACUUGCAUCGACCUAAUCAAUGGCUUCAACUGCAGUUGCCCUCCAGGAUUUGCCGGCAACCGAUGCGAAAUUGGUUAGAUACUUGUUGCUGCUAUUUGCAUUGCAUUUACGCCAAAACGCAACAUACUAUAUAUCCCGUUUAAACACUUAAUGUUGGACGCUGUUGAAUGCUGAUAACUAAUAAAUAUAUGGAUCAAUGUUAAUUUAAAUCCGAUCCUACAUGGAUCCUAUAUCAUGGACAUCAUCCGACAAAGUUAAUGUCAUAUUAUGUUAUACCAACAUAAGUUUUUAUCCGGAGGCUCUAGGGUCCGCUGGAUAAUUAUAUGUUUUGCAAUUUUAUUGACCUCGAAUUCCUCUUGGUCCAUGAAAAUGCCGAAAAAAAAAAAGACUUGGCCUAUAAUAACGCAUUUAUCUUGGCCGAACAAGUUUGGUCAUUAACGUAUACAUAUCUAUUUGUCGUUAUUUUUUUAUUAUACCGUAAAAUUCCGAAAAUAAGCUGCAUUGUAGAUUCUUCUGCAGGCUAGUGCUUAUCUAAAAAGGGUUUACUACAAAAUUAAGUUCCCCUCGUCCUCCUUUUGAGUUGGCCUGAUGGACGUCCCUUUGUCGCCUGCACAUACUUUCGAGGAAAGUUAUCCCUAAAACAUUUGCGACACGUUUUCCCGUAAGUUUCGUGCACGCGGAUAGCUGGAAAUAUAAUGCCGCAGCAAAUUUACACGACUGUGAAACGAAUAAAAUCCAUUUUUCUCUUUCACCCUUAGAUAUUAUCUCAACUGUGGUAACACAGUUUCUUUCGCCUGCGAUUGGGAAUGACAGCAACUGGGCGCUGUGUUGGCAGACCUCCGCUCAUGGCUGGGCUGCCAGUACCUUCCACAGCAGAUGUGAUGGGAAAAAACAUACGAUUACAGUCAUCAGAAAAGAGCCGUACGUGUUCGGAGGAUACACCGAUAUUCCUUGGUGUAAGUGACUUUUUCGCCGGGGGCGGGACAAUAAAAGAGACGGAGUCCGCAAAAUUAAUAUUAAACCCCUAAAUAAACCAAACUUGGCGGGCUUAGGCUCAAUUUGACUUAAAAUAAAACAAGUAACCAAUUCCAGAACCAAUCAAUUGGAGCUUUAAUGAUCUUGAAAUUGCCUUGUGCGAAAUAUAUCAAAAUUGAAUGCAGUAUUCGACAUAAAAAGGCGGCCAGUUAGUUGCAAAAAAAAAAAGACUGACUAGAGCCGCACAGUACGUACGUGAAUACAAUCAUUUUAGCUACGAUCACAUUAAGGCCCUAACAACAGUUAACUAUAUAGUUUAAUGUCUAAGUCACGACAUUUGAGAUAAAUAUUAACCUCGUUGACUUGCGUAUUGAUAUGGUUUGGUCAGUAGACAUCUGGAGGUUGUAUGUUUUGGUUUGUUGAAUUAAAGUCAGUUAAAUUCCCCCGGGACCUUCACUGGGAAAAACAUAGCCUCCCACGCAGAUGUUCUUAGGGGUUCGUCACGCGUUCCUGCCCCACGAACUGCUGACUUAAGCGAAAAAAAAACGUAGACCAAUCACAGCAGACUUCCAGAUCUGAGAAAUGCACUUUGGACCUUGAGAAAUUUCGUGCUUGACUUUAUAGCUCCAGAAAAGAUCAGAAAGGUCUCAUGAAAGGUGAGGACCUUACAGUUUUAAAACAAACUACUCAGUUAACUCACAAGCGUUCGUACUAGUGGCUUCCAUCAGAAUCUCGUUGAAAAAGGUUAAAAUUGCUGAACGGAGGUUAAAUUUGCUGAACGGAAGUCGGCUAUUACUACGUGUGAAAAAAAUUCUGCCUUUUGUUCAGUCUUAUAAAGAAACCCCGCCGUUACAUCACCCAAAGAACGACUUUAUGAUCAAAUGACAUCUAAUCCAGCCUUUACGGAGAGAAAUAUACAAAAAGCCUACGCUUAUCUCCUAUAUUCUCGUCAGGAGCAAAAAUCUUUGGUCACGUAUCACACUCUACAGAGCUUGUACGUAUGUGUUUGGCUUGUCAACACUUUGACUUCAACAGCGCCGAUUGGAUCUCCGAUAAUCUGCAUGUGAUCUCCAGCUGAUGUUUGCGAACAAUCGGAAAGGAAUUUAUCUUUCAGUUCAGCAGACGUUCGUGGGGCAGGAACGCGUGACGAACCUCUAAGAACGUCUGCGUGGGAGGCUAGGAAAAACAUUAAACUUAAAGAGGUCUUUUAAUAGUGGGUGUCAUUUACGUACCUGUAAUACCUACAGGGGUUGCCGUCGCAAUAGCCUUUUCUUUUGAGUAUUCUAUUUAACCAUUACAUAGCGGAUGAAAGACUGAUAAGCCCAUGGCUAUAUCCGCCUGACUCUUGCUUAAAGAACUGUCUUCUGUCGACCGGGGAAUAACCAGCUAAGCUUGUAUUUCAAACAAUGGGCCUGAAACAGAAGCUCCUGUAGUAAAAAAAAAUUCCUUCGUUGUGGAUCAUGAACAGCCCUAAAAUUUGUGGGGGUGGGGAGAAAAGACCCUUCCGCGUUAAGGAUAUCAUGCGGACUCAUCCACCUGCCCCCUUUGGGGCGUGCUUCUCGGAAGUUAGUAAAGAUUUUAACCUUAUUCCACUCUUUGCAUUUUUUUUUGUUAUGAAUUUUUAAUGAGUCAUUGGUUAAUAGUUAACAACGGCGCUUUAGAAACAAGAAGGAAUCUGGAUCCAAUUAACUUUUGCAAAGACUUCUGGGAAUGUUACUAUGGACAGUAACGAUCCCAGAAACAAUUGCGGUACGCAUUUCGUCUCCAGUUCCCUUUUUGUUUCUAAUGUGGCGAAAUUAAGUUUGCCAAAAAAGCCUUUCACCGCGGGUUUACAUCGUCUACGUAUGACCGUUCCGUUGGCGUGGCUUGUAAAUCCAGAGGAGAUAGUCCGUGGUAAUUAACAACACCUGGCUUUCGGAUCAUGUUUACCCGCACAGUCAACAAACAACAGGACGUCAAACGCACAGCUGAACCGAAGAUAGAAUGAUAUAGGAGGUGUUUUUUGUGGGGCAUUUCCGGGAACGGGAUCCCUUUUCGUAAAAUCCGACUAGUGGUCUAUUAUAAAUGCUGCUUUCUGAUUAGUUGAGCUGCUACUAGGCUAUAUGUUAUAGCCCACUAGUAGCGAAAAGCGCGGGCUUUGAAAACCAAAAUAAUGGCGGCUGAAUCGCGUUUUGCUAGCUACAGUUGUUUUGUCUCGAUAUUUUUGACCAACUAGUUGGAUUUUACUAAAACAAUUAUUCCUCUCGCACUCAUGGCCUCUGAGUCAAUAGCCCAUUCGGCCGUUGGCCUUACGGGCUAUUGACUCGGAGCCCAUUAGGGCUCCAGGAAUAUUUGUUAAAUAUGACCUAUACGGGAAAGUGCCGCUGGACAGGGUAUGGUUUUCGUCCUGUCUGUCCUAUAUAGGGUGUAUAACUUGCCCGAGUUUGUCCUAAACAGGGUAUACAAUUUCGCACAAGUCUUUCCUAAACACUGUACAUGUUUUUUGUCCUAAACAGGCUAUGUAUUUUAAGUUCUUUUUUUGUCCUAUAAGCAGAGUCAGGGUUUCAAACCCUCAGCGGCUCACCUCUAGGCAAAUAUUGGUCGAUUACCCUCUUCCCUCCCGGGGAGGAAGUGUUAAAUGUCAGCUGGUUAAAACCGAAAUUAUAAUUUAAUUUUUCCUUUUUGUUUAUUAUUGUUUUCUAGCGUCUGGGAAUUUAUACGUUACUACUUCCAAGUCGUUUAUUUUCUCUCUGGUGGACAAGGAAAAACUUGCACCAUUCAAGUGCAUGGUAAAACAGAAAAGAUCAUCAUCUGCAAUUUUUAAUAUUAAUCGUUCUAACAUUACGUUGGGUCCAACAUUUGGUGCGGGGUAUGACAUACACAUUGCUGAUAAUGCCAAUCAGAAUAACAAUUCCUACACUAGUUUUGGCUUCUCAUACUCUCUUCCAAAUGGAGUUACAAACCGUUUAACAAUCCUGGCUGGAACCUAUCGGUUUUCACCUGAACAGGUUGAGGUAUUUUAUCUGACUUGA